GCAACAGGAAUGACGGUGAACACGCCCCUGUGUUUCAGAGGGAAGAGCAUCCUGGCUCCGAUGGUGCGAGUCGGAACGUUACCAAUGCGGCUUCUUGCUUUGGAUUACGGUGCUGAUAUAGUGUACUGUGAGGAGUUGAUUGACAUUAAGAUGCUGCAGUGUAAGAGGGUUGUAAAUGAUGUCCUCGACACAGUGGACUUUGUUGCACCUAAUGAAAGAAUUGUUUUCAGGACUUGUGAAAGGGAGAGACACUGUGUUAUCUUUCAGAUGGUAAGAAAUCACCGUGCAGUACACUUCUGCAAACACAGAUUAAUGGAGAGUGAUGUAGCUGGUAUCGAUAUCAACAUGGGCUGCCCAAAAGAAUAUUCUACAAAGGGAGGCAUGGGAGCAGCACUGCUAUCUGAUCCUGACAAAAUAGAGUCUAUACUGACUACUCUUGUUAAGGGAAUUUGUAAACCAGUAACCUGCAAAAUCCGCAUUUUGCCCUCAGUUGAGGAUACUGUAAAUUUGGUAAAGAGAAUAGAGAAAACUGGUGUUGCUGCCAUUGCAGUCCAUGGAAGGAAUAAGGAGGAGAGGCCUCAGCACCCCGUCCACUGUGAUGUGAUCAAAGCCAUAUCUGAAGCAGUCUCCAUUCCAGUAAUAGCCAAUGGAGGAUCUCAUGACUUCAUCAAGGAAUAUAUGGACAUUGAGACCUUCCAGAAAGCAACGGCUGCCUCGUCCGUAAUGAUAGCUCGUGCUGCCAUGUGGAACCCCUCUAUCUUCAGAAAAGAGGGUCUUUUCCCUUUGAAGAAAGUUAUGCAAGAUUACAUCAAAUACGCAGUGAGAUACGAUAAUCACUAUACCAAUACAAAAUACUGUUUGUGUCAGAUGUUAAGAGAACAGUUGGAAACAACUCAGGGUAAGAAGCUGCAUGCUGCACAGUCUACACAGGAAAUCUGUGAGGUCUUUGAGAUGGCUGACUUCUAUGAAGAAACAACAACAAUUUUCACAGCUAAGAAAACAUCUUUAGAAACUAAGAUACAAGAUGAAGAUGACCAGAUGGAUGAUCCAGAUGUAAUAAAAAUGGCUGUUAGAUUUGACAAGCGAGAAUAUCCACCACAGAUUACUCCAAAGAUGUAUCUCCUGGAGUGGUGCAGGAAAGAGAAGCACCCGCAGCCUGUCUAUGAAACAGUUCAAAGACCACUGGACAAAUUAUUCUGUUCGGUAGUGACAGUAGCUGAGCAAAAGUAUAAAUCAACUCUGUGGGACAAGUCAAAGAAACUGGCAGAACAGGCUGCAGCUAUUGUCUGCCUGAGAACACUGGGUGUCCCAGAGGGCAAGUUGUGUGAGGGAGAAAACCACCUGAUUAACAAACGCAGGAGGGAAGACCAGGAGCGCUUGAAUAACAGAGACCACGGAGAUGAUGGUGCUGAGCCUUCCUGUAAGAAGGCUAAUUUUAUUGAAGGAGCUUCUGACAUCAGUGUGCCCGAGAUGCCACGAUAGCAUGGAAGUUAGAGGUUUCAGAAC